GAGACUCAGCUACCGUAUAUCAUUGACGGGACUACGCACGGGACUAUGCCAACCUGCCCCUAACCCUGUCCCAUCGCAACCAACGCUUGGGUGUGUGGUGCGCGAGACGGCGCGAGACAGCAGCCACGACCACGCCUCACAGCGCGAGAAGGCUAGCGGAAACAUUGCAUUAUCCUUAAUUAUGCGCAACUGGCGCGGCCACGGCGUAGAAAGUGUGCCUGCCGUGACGAGCGGAAAGCAGCGGUUGGGCGGGACGCCGGUACACCCGAAACGACGACCAGCGAUUGGGAAUCACACGUCAGCCGGCGCCAUAUGAUAAGGCCCAGGGGCAGCAGGUUGCUCAAGCACUUGCUAUGAAGCAUACUCUUGAAAGGGGACUUGCACUCCGCGCUGAGCAACCAGAAACCCCACGACCUUUUUGAGCACCAAACAAACAUGCGCGCCUCGUUUACCUGCCGGCAUGUGGUGCAGCGACGUGCACUCAGGGCUCCGGGCACCUGCAACGUUGCUCGCAGCUGUCCGCCCGUGCGCCUGCCCGUCGUGCGCGCAGUGGCCUACCGCGACGAGAAGGUCUACACAGAAACGGGGCUCCCCGGGCUCCCGUAUCCGACACUAGCGGACCGCCAUGCGAUCCAUGGGGCGUGCCCCUAAGGGAGUCCAGCAGCGCCCUCCCACGUCGUCUAUGUCACUCUGAGCUUCAUUUGCAUCCUACAGCGCCAAAAUCCUUUCCAAGGCACAACAAAGUACAACGCCAUGGCCAGCAACUUGAGCGGUGUGGUGCGGCGCGCAGUGCUGGCCGCCGUCGAAGACAUCUCCAAGCAGCAGGAGGCACAGCUCGAGGCCGCUCAGAGCUUGAUGACCUUCCGCGAGGUGGGCGGCAUCUCCGGCGUCGCCUGGGCCGCCACCGCCAAGGUGCACCACGCCAGCGCCGGCAGCACCGGCGGCGGCGCCAGCAGCGGCUCAUCACCCGCCGCCGCCGCCGCCAUGACGAUGAGUCAUGACGAGGAAGAGCACGUGGAGGACCUGACAGCCGCCACACCCGCCGCCAUGGCUGCAGUGUUCCUUCGCCACCUGGAGGAUCAGCUGCACGAGCUGCACUACAGCUCCGGGGUGGACGAUGCCGGUGAGGUGCUGGGCGGCGGCCUGCACGGCGCCGUGCUGCUGCUGCACCACCCCAGCGGGAGCAGCCUGAGGACGGUGGUGGACAAGGUGGCUGACGCCUGCAUCCUGGCCGAGGAGGCCGCCGGCCCCGCCACUGUGCGCCUGCUGCGGUCGCUGUCGGCCGCUGUGGGCCGCAUGGCGACACAGCCCAACGCUGAGGUCGCGCGCGGCAAGGCCGCGGCCGUCGUCACCUGCCUGACUGGCAUGUGCGAGGCAUUUGAGGGCGCCAAGAAGAAAACCACCACCGCCACCUGCUGCUCACCAGCCAGCUCCAUGGGCAGCGUGGACUUUUGGGAGGAGUACGCGGCACAGCACCAGAACCAGCACCAACAGGCCGCCGGCAGCAAGCAGGGCAAUAAGGCGUCCGUGCCGACGGCGUCCGUGCCCAUGGAGGCGGCGGCGCUGCUGCGUGAGGCCGCGGCGGUGCUGGACUGCAUCGCAAGCAACAAGUGCGACAUCGCGCCGCACCCCGCCGGCGCCAACGGCCACGUGCCCAUGUCGGCGCCACACAUAGCACACCCGCUGCUGUCGCUGCUGGAGACGCGGCUGUAUGCGCCGGACACGUGGGAGCCGGCGUCGCCCGCCGACAUCGCCUGCUCGCUUGUGGAUCUCGUGGCGGCCGCGCUGUCGCCCGCACACGCCGGCAACACGCUCGCGCCCGGCGGCACCGAGGCACGCAACAUGGCGUGCGGCACGCUGCGUGGAGUGGUGUCGGCGCAGCACGCGCUGGUGGCAGCGCUGCGUGGACAUGAGGCCGACCCUGCGGCCGCUGGAAGGCUGCUGGCCGCGCUGGCGGAGGCGCUGGGCGCCGCCGCCAUCGCCCGUGACACCUUCAACCCCACGCGCGGCCCGCGCCCCGUGGCCAUGUUUGGCGAGGCCCAGCUGCUGGCGGGCCUGAGCCGCAUGUGCACCGGCGAGGCCAUGAAGCACGUGGAUCAGGGCCAGCCGCAUAACCGCCCCGACAACGAGCCGACCAUGGUGCUGGAGGUGCUAGCGGAGCAGGCGCGGGACGUGGCGGAGCAGCACCGCCGCAGCAUCACGCAAGUGCUGCAGCAACUGAGCGCUGUGCCCAAGAGCCUUGGCGAGCUGUCCAAGCUACCUGGUGAGGCGCUGAUUCAGCACCAGGCAGCGGCUGCAGCCGCAGCCGCGCGCGCCGCCCGCCGCGCCGCCUCCACCGCAAGCAGCAGCGCUACCGACACCCUGAACCUACUGCGCCGCACCGCCGCCGGUCUGGGCCAGGCUACCACCACCGCCGCCGCCGCUUCGGUGGCGGCUGACGAAAAGUCAGGUGUGGGCAACAGCGUGGCUAAUGCGAUGAAGAAUGCCAAGUAAGGAGGAGCCGAAGGAGAAGUAGACCGCCAAGGCGUAAGUUCGAGGAGGUUGCGGGCGGCAUUGCAGCACCGCGGCCGCCGGUCGUCUAUCUAGCAUGCAGUCCGUGAUGGUGGCGGCAUAACUGCAUGGUGUAAGCCGCACAUUUGCAACUCGACAGCGCCCCUACCUAACUUGAGGUAGGGUACAAGGAGGGCAGGCCGCAGCAGGCUGGCGCUCUAUCGAUGAGGAGCCCUUGGCCACGUUGGCGUUGGGGCCAGUUGUCAGGUGCCGCUGCAUUGGUACGGCGCAGCUGCAUAUGAAAUGGAAAGGACAUGUACGGGGUUCAUCAAGAUCCUCGCUCUCGACGUUUAUACGGGUUGAAUAAUGUUGCAGGCUGAGCUGGUCUGCGCGGGCCGGGGGCUAACACACAUACAGCGUUGGCUCGCAGUCGUUUAGCAUGCUGUCUCAUGUACGGUACACACUUGCUGUCGAAGAGAGAAGCCCUACAGGGCAUUCUGCUGCCACAUUCAUAUAGCAUCACCUCAUGAGAUGCAUGCAUCUUGACCAAUCAUUAUUGACGCAUCUCAACCACGCAUCUCAACCCAUAUAAAUCAUGGGCACUGAUGCUGUUGCUGGCAUCACAUACGGUUUAAGGUUGGCAGAAGGGUCCGAAGCUGCGCCGGUAUGGCUAUUCCGCUAUUUGGGGCGUUGGUAGCUGGGCAUUAGUUGCUGUGUACUGUACGGGGGGCCCGUGAGUGGAAAUAUACAUACAGACAUGCAAGCACGGUGCACGCGCUCUUACUUGUCGAGAUGGAAUUGACUAGAUCUGGAACAAAUUGUAAUGCCGCGUUGUGCGCAAUCCGUGUCUUGCCGCUAUAGGGUCACGUGCCCAUAUCAAUGUAUGAUCACUUAGCUGCAUCUGUGAGCAGCGAAGCCUUGGAUGCGUUCAAUCGCAUCUCCGCAGGCUCUG